UAACACUUGAUAUAGAUAAUUAAAUUGACAAUCAUGGACGAAACAUAUACGCCAAAUUUGUUGGAUACAGAAUUUGCUGAUUUUUCUGCAACGGCAAAUUGUUAUGCUGUUAUGCUGACCUUUCCAUUUAGUAAGAGAUGCGAAUUUGUGAAAAAAUCCAGUCACUGCUUAACCGGUGCGAACUUUGUGCCAUAUAUGCACUUAAUGGCAUGCAGUUUAGAAUGUAAAAACCAGUUCGAGGAGCACGUCUUUGUCGCAUUUUUCUCAAUUGUAUGGUUCGAGUUGCUGCUAUGCCUCGGCUAUGUGGUGCAUUAUUAUUACACUCCGGCGUUGAAAGCCGUUUCCCGAAUGCUUCACAUGAGCGAACAUCUGGCUGGGGUGACAAUAUUGGCAUUUGGCAAUACAACGACAGAUCUGUUUUACAGUUUAACGGCAUUGAACGAUGAUGUUCCCGUUUUGGCCAAUAGCCUCGCUAAUUCUUUGUUUAUGGUCAUGUUCAUCGGUGGAUUGGUCUGCUAUGUCAGUCCGUUUAAAAUGAGUUCAUAUAGCACAAUAAGGGAUCUACUUUUCUUCAUCUUUGGCGUGGAACUGCUGGAUUACAUGCUCAUCACGGGUGAAAGGGUUCAAUUUACUGAGUGCAUCCUGUUAAUAGCUGUGUAUGUCAUAUACUUGACGGUAUGUGUGUUCGAUGUAUAUUUGGUACGCAUUACCUUGAAAUCGCUGCGUAAUCAAAUUAGGGACCUGCAGGAAACUGUGGAAUUGGAAAAUUUGGCAGAUACAGAUGCGAUUGUUUUCAAGCGUAAGGAACUACAAAGCAGAUAUGACUCACUGAUUGAGGAUGAUCGCAUAGAUAUACUACAGCGUCGAUCGACAUGGAGGCCCCUAAUAAAGGGCCCUACGUUUACUUAUAUGACCAGGCGGUCUCAGAGACGCGAGGCCCUUAAUAUAUCAGCAAAUCGAUUAAGAAACUACAGACACGCCAGUAACACGAAUCACAAUCUCUUUAGGGAAUUCUUCGUUGCAAUCAAUCCGAUCUCUUUAGAUGAUUGGCGCCAGGCUGAUAUGUUGACACGCCUCUUCUACAUUGCCGUGGCCCCAAUAACGCUGAUAUGUACGAUCUAUAUACCAUUGGUCGAUUAUGAGCUGGAAAAGAAUGGCUGGAGCAAGCUGCUUAAUUGCAUUCAUAUUUUCCUAAAUCCGGCGAUCACCCUUAUAAUGGGCAAGGCUAUGCUGUUUAGAGACAAAUCGAAGCUCUGGUAUUACAAUAUACCAGGGGCUCUUAUAUACGGCCUCUACUCCCUGGUGAUAACGGUGCCCCUGGCCAUCUUUGUGAUGAUUAACUCAAGUACUAGGUGUCCGCCGCCGUAUCACUGGAUUUAUAUGUUAAUGAAUUUAACUGGAUCCAUGUUUAUGACAUUCCAGUGUGCGACUGAAAUAUCUUUGAUAAUGAAUAUGAUUAGUAGCAUCUAUGAUGUUCCGACCGAUUUCAUGAGCGCGACCAUACUUCCCAUUGCCUUCGCCCUGAGUCAGGUCGUGGCCAGUGUCUCCUUGGCUUUGCAGGGAUAUGAGAAAAUGGCGUACGCAGCAACCAUUGGUGGCGCCUAUCUCAAUGUAAUAAUGAACACUGGCAUUGCAUUUUUCGCCAAGAGUAUAAUUGGCAAAAAUUUGACUUUUGAAUGCGUUAGUGGAACCUAUGGCGUGACUGCGUAUAUCUUGUUGAUUCUAGGACUUGCUACCACGCUGCUGUGGACAUUGAUAUUGAAUUUUAAUUCACGACGCUCGGUUGGGAUAUUCUCUAUGUCCAUCUACGGUCUCUUCCUCAUAUUCGCUAUACUUAUAAAGUCUCGAAUUAUUCAUGCAUACAAUAAGGAUGACUUUAUAGCGGAUGCCCUUAAAAGUUAACAUUUCAAUUUGUUCUAAAAGCAAAAAAAAAAUAGUAAUUAAACAAUAAAUUUAUUUAUCAUUCUUCGGAUAUGCAUAGACUAGUUUUGU